AUGAGUGGUGGUGAUGGUUCCUCUGCAGAACCCUCUAUUCUAGUAGUAGAGACGAAAUCCAAUGAUUCUAUUUGGAACAGAAGUGGUGGUGGUAAUAGUAAUAGUAGUAGUCAUGGCGCUAAUAAACCCUACGACCCACACUAUGUAUAUCAACAAGAAGAAAAAGAAAUGUAUAGAUAUCCCUCUUCACUUCCUCCUCGGCCUGAAAGUGGUAGUAGUGGUAGUAAUAGUAAUAAUCGCACCGCAUCUUUACAGAGAAAUUGGAUGGGUGGUGAUCGUAAGAGUUCUGACACCUCAAGUCCUAACAAUAGUGGCCAUAAUAGUAAUAAUACUGGAAAUGAUUCCAUAUCCGAAGUAAGAAGAGAGGAAGAAGAAGAAGAAGAAGAGGAGGAGGAGGAACAUAAUAAUAAUAAUAAUAAUAAUAAUAAUAAUAAUAAUAAUAAUAAUAAUAAUAAUAACCCUAUGGAUGUAAGAGAAGAAGGGUAUGAAACUGAACCGUACGAAGAAUAUACAAACUCCAGUGAAAAUGAAAAUGAAGAAGAUGAAGAAAAUAACGAUAAUGAUAACGAUGAUGAUGAUGAUGAUAUGGCUGAGCGAGUCCUUCUAACUCUGCAGCGAAAGGAUGAACUGUUAGAAGAACAGGCCCGUUGUUUAGAGCGACGAGAGUUGGAAACAAUUCAGUUAAAGCGGGAAUUAGAGGAAUUGCAGGAAGAAAAGGAACUUCUCAUGCAACAACUGCGGGGAUUUCUUAAUACGGCCAUAGUAACAUCAUCAUCAUCAGUAUCAUCAUCAUCUAAUAUACAUUCCAAUAAUAAUAAUAAUAAUAAUAAUAAUAAUAAUAAUAAUAAUAAUAAUAAUAAUAAAAUAGAUCUAGAUCCAUCACAACAACAAGAAGAAGGAGAAGAAGAAGAUACGGUUCAUCUCAAGGCACGUAUUCUCCAACUCACUGCGGAGUUAACACAAACAAAGCGAGAGGCAAAACAACAGGAAAAGAAACACGCACAUGAUCUAAACAUCAUUCAACGUGAAAUGCGGGAGUUCUCCACACUUGUGGAUGACUUAAAUUCCACCAAGUCUACACUCCAACGUACACAGAAACAAUUAGAAGAAGCCGCUGAGGCGAAGGUGCGAUCGCAAUUAGAACGAGAUCGAUUUGUACGAACGCUGCAGGAGGCAAUGCACCGCGAACGGGAUGAACAUCAACGAAUUGUCCAACAACUGCAGGCGGAGACUCAAACAUUACGACAAAGUGUAAACACAAUGGAAGAACGAUAUCAUCAUGUAGAUAACCAGCAUGUUAACACACAGACAGAACUUCAUACACUUCGAGUGGAAAUUCAACAAUUACGAUCUGAACGUGAGGUGUUGUUAAAACAAGUAGAAGCCGGGGAAUCUUUAUUACAACGACAACAAGAACAACAACAACAACAACGCCAUGCAGAACGUGUGGAACAGCAAAAAUUACAAACCGCAUUAGAUACCGCCAUGCGGGAAUUAGAACAAUUACGAUUAAUGUGUACAACUCAACAGGAGGAAGAAGAAAAGGCCAAACAUCAGCGAUGUAUGCAACUCUCUGCAGAAGUGGCCCACUGUGUGCAGAGUACCGAACAAUUAGAGACGGCACUUGUGCAGAUGGAGAAAAGAUGUCGGGCAGCUACAGCACGAGAAACACAAAUAACAGCCGAACGUGAUGCUUUGCGUACACAACUUCAACAACAAAAUACCGCCACUCGACGGGAAUUGUUAGAACAACAACAACUCGCAGAGGAAAUGGCAAACUUCCAUCGUGCCAAGUUACAACAACAACAAGAGGCAUUAAGAGAGACUAGACAACGGGUGGAUGCACUUUCACAGGAGUGUACACUCGCAAGAGAGAAACAAGCCACACUGCAGACCACACUCCUACACACACAACAACAAUAUGAUGAGACUAUAGUGGAAUUACAACAACGAUGUGAAGAUAUCACUCGACUGGAGCAAACUCUCUCACAAGUAGAGGAAGCCUAUCGUAUCUCUACACUGCAGGAACAGGAAAUGAUGGCAACAGUGGAGAAACUACGAAAUCGACUACGACAAAGAGAAGAGGCACGACGGUUGCUAAAACGUAAAGUGCAGAGAUUAGAAGAAAAAGAGGCAAAACGACAAGUGGUUGAAAAUACCGCCGCCCUUCUUCACACCAGUCGACCAUCUAAACAAUCCAUCAACUCCUCUCAUGUAUUAGAAAAGAAUGGAAUACCAAUGGAAACUACCAAACCCCCUACAGUUAUUCAUACUCAUAAUCCUAAUAAUAAUAAUAAUAAUAAUAAUACAACGGCAUCUGGUUUAUCGGCAAUGGGAGAAUCAUCCUAUAAGGCGUUGGUGGAUUUGUGUCGGUCAAAAUUGCAAGAGGCGGAGUCGCGUAUCAUCACGCUUGAACAACAAUUAAGUGUGAAAUCCAACAGUCAACGUGCCUUAUUGGAAGAACGUAAAGCCCUUCAACAGCAGUUGUUAACACAAGAGAUGAUAUUGAAAGAACAAUUCACCCAAUUGGAUCGUAAACACCGUGAGGAGAUGCGGCAAUUGGAAGAGACUCAUCGUCGUCGGAUCACCGCCGUUUAUCAUGAGAGCAGAGAAGAAGAAGAACGGCGUCUUUUAUACUCCCAACGGGGAAUAACACGCAUUGUAGAGGAGAUGAUGAUGUUUAUGCAGAAUCUAGAGGAAUAUGUGAGGGAUACGAUGGAAGCCUUAUUAUUAUCAUUAUCAUUAUCAGAAAGAAAAAUAGAAGAAGAAGAAGAGGAAGAAGAAGAAAAGGAAAAAGAAGAAAAUGGAAUAGAGAUGACAUCUCUUGUGGAGGAUGAAAAGGAAAAUAUCGUCUGGGCGGCCUGUGAUGAAAUUACACGUAAUUUUCUUGGGGUUGAAGGAGGUUGGAAUGCAUUAUUACAACAAUCCUUUCAAGACUCUCCACACAAGAGUGGAAUGAGAGAGAAGAGAAAUGGAAAAAGUACAAGUCUCUUCACAGCAGCAAUGCGAAGGCGUAUGCGGAGUCUUCUUUUGGAAUAUCUUCAAACACGUAUUCUUCUACCCAUCACAUCAUCAACAACAACAACAACAACAAAAGAGAGAGAAGGGAUGGGAUUGAUAAACUCAAGUAAUAAUAAUAAUAAUAAUAAUAAUAAUAAUAAUAAUAAUAAUAAUAAUAAUAAAUGUUGUUUUAUUCCUUCUUCUGGGAAACCCUUCAACUGGCAGGCUUCUCUACGUCGUUCUAUGCCAACAGCAGCACCAGUAGUCUCUUCAGUCUAUCGGUGCGAUAUUAACAGUAGCAUCACUAGUAAUAAAAGCAAUCGAAAGCCAUUGAGUGUUAGCUUCGCAGUAUCAAGUGAAGGGGAAAAUAAUAAUAAUAAUAAUAAUAAUAAUAAUAAUAAUAAUAAUAAUAAUAAAGUUGAUAAUGACGGCAACUGCAGUGAGCAGCCACUUGUAGAUUUGUUAAUGGAGUGUGUUCGCUCUGUAUUUGAUGAUAGCACAUAUCGGUGUAAAUUGCAGAGAUAA